AUGGGUCUUCCUCUUCUUGCUGAUGAUUUCAAUGCCUGGCAGUCGGUGUAUCAGAAUGAAGAAGCGACGAAAGGCUUCCGAGGACUGAUUAAGAUCGAACAGGAAGUGUUCGAAACGGAUGUUUGGCGGAGCUAUAAGGCGAAAGCUAAAGGUAACAUGAAGUGUUAUGUCGUUGCGUUCUUCGACGGCACCAAGGACACUUCGUUACCUCCAGAAAGCAAAGCAAUAGCUUUCAUGCUGGUGAGCUUUGUGCGAGAUACUGGAGCAGAUGCGAGGCGGGGUGACUGGAUAUUUAAAGCCAGAGCUUUGCUCUUUCUAGAUGAUGGGCAGGGGCACUCGUGAAAAAAUUGAACUUGAAUCUUGUUGGUUUGUUGUUGGAAUCACAGCAGACAACAGAAAUACUCAACUCUCUAUUGCAUUUGACGCACUAUGAUUUCGGAGUCAUCUACGAUCUACCAGGUACAGGUUAGACUAUAGUGAGACUAUUCAACAACCAUAAAAUUGGGGUGAUUCCCCACUCUCGAACACCUUUGCUUAUAAUGCCGACUGAAAAGAAACAUCAUCAUUAGCCCCAAACCCCCACACCAGUGGUCACAACAUGCUGCCUGCUCAUGGUACUGCUUCUUCACCUCGCAUUUGAAGAAGAAAAUGAAAAUAUGUGAG